GAAGAAAUAGGAAUAAUAUUUCUUACACAACAGGCUAAAUAAACGAGCUUUGAAUUAAAAAAAUACAAAACGAAAGUUAUUUUGCCCCAGGCUUUCAUGCUCGCUCACCAUUGCCAUCAAUGGAUCUCGAAUCGAAAAUUUCGUCUUUAAAAAAUUAUGUUAAGUUGAGCACGCAGGAUGACAGAGAGGCCGCACAUAAGAAUGAGGAAUCUUCUAACAGCAAUGCAGAGGCAAACGGAUGGUGGGGAACCAUUUCUAAUAAGGCACAAGAACCCGAUCCUUGGCUGCCUGGACUGGUAUACACUGAAUACUUCAUUUCAUAUAAAUAUAAUUCAUGAAAUAAUAAUUACUUUAUUAACCCAUUAAGUUGGAUUGCACCCCAAUGUGCCCUGCUUUAUUACCUUACUCUCUGUCUAACGUCAGAUGAUUUUACUUGUCAAGGGGAGAGUGCUGGUGCCCGAUGGGGUUAUUAAAACCAUAACUUUUAUACAAUUUGGCCUUCACGGUUUUUGCAUGGUACCCAGAGGCAAGAGCAUGCUUGGAGUUUUUCUUUGUCUUGUGACGUAUUAUGUAGGGUGUUGCCUUUUGUGUAUCAAGGUGGCCGCCUAAAAAGCCAUAUAUGUGGGCGGUGGAUAGAAACUAAUAUGCUUUUGCAUAGUGGCCUGUUAAACUGGAUGGAAAGCAGGUUUUAGGGAAAGAUAGCAAUAGGAAUCUCUUUUGCUAGGAUUCCGAAAAUAUAUAAGUUAAUUUUAAUAUUUUGUCAUCUGACUGUGGCAAUUUUUUUUUUCAGAGUAAAACACAAAGGAUAGUUGGAUUUUUUAUGUCCUUGUUGUUAGGAAUGUUCUGUUUUGGAAUGGUAAUUUUCAUUCAAUUGUGAUUUCCAAUGUAACAUGAAAUUUGACAAUAUAAUAGUUUGAUGUUACGUUUUUGAACAAAAUUUACCUACUGCAACAUGUGCAUAUUUCAUUUUAGGCGGCGAUGUUAAUACCUUUCAUAAUACUCAAGUCAAGAAAAUUUGUUGCUCUCUAUACUAUGGGGAGUAUUUUUACUUUGGGAAGGUAUAAACAUUAUCCAACUUUAUAGGUGAUUUCCUCAAGCACACUGCAGAAUCGUACAGCAGAUGUUGGUUGUCUUCUAUUUGCAGGCAAAUAUGCAGAGCUGAGAGAUGCUUAAUUGUUCAUGCAAGAGAUGAGAGCAUGUUCAUGCAAGUUUCUGAAGCUGACAAGGGCUUCUUUUAAUUACAUAGACUGGGGUCCAAGUCUCCCCGAGCCCUAAUAUUGGCCCCUCCAAUGACCAUGAAUUCUUAUCUCUAGUUUCUCACUGCUCUGGGGCCCAUAUCAUCAUUUUAAACACCUUAUCAGCGUGGAAAGAUUGCCUUUCACUGUCACAUACUUUGGAUCAAUGUCUGCAACAUUGUAUGUUGCUAUAUUUGUGAGUAUUUUAUAAAACUUUUUCCACCUCUUUCAUUAU